AUGGAGGCGGCGCGCACGGAGCGCCCCGCAGGCUGGCCCCGGGCGCCCCUCGCCCGUACCGGGCUCCUGCUCCUGUCGACGUGGGUCCUGGCCGGCGCCGAGAUCACUUGGGACGCAACGGGCGGUCCUGGGCGCCUCGCGGCUCUGGCUUCGCGGUCCCCGGCGCUGCCUCCUCUCUCGCUGCGGGCAGUGGCAAGCCAGUGGCCGGAGGAGCUGGCGAGUGUACGGAGAGGCGCCGCACUGGGGCGCCGGCCGGGGCCGGAGCCACUGCCCCAGCCAGGCGGAGGCAGCGGCAGAAAGAAGCAGGGAGAAGCCGGAGGGCUGUUGCCGGCAGGCGCGCAGUGGGGACGGGGCAUCUCGGCUCCUGGCAAGCCUGGCGGUACAAGGAGUCGUCGCCGGGCGCAGUCCCCCAGUGCCCUGGAACGCGGAGACACCCAGGCUACUGUCUUAGCCGAUGGUUCCAAAGGAAGCCGCUCUCUGGCCAAGGGUCUCCGGGAGGAGGUGAAGGCACCACGGGCUGGGGGGUCGGCGGCCGAAGAGCUCCGGCUACCCAGCACCUCGUUCGCGCUGACCGGGGACUCGGCCCACAACCAAGCCAUGGUGCACUGGUCGGGACACAACAGCAGCGUUAUACUUAUCCUGACGAAGCUGUAUGACUUCAACCUGGGAAGCGUGACAGAGAGCUCCCUUUGGAGAUCAACAGAUUACGGCACCACCUAUGAAAAGCUCAAUGACAAAGUGGGCUUGAAGACUGUCCUCAGUUACCUCUACGUCAAUCCCACCAACAAAAGGAAGAUCAUGCUUCUCAGUGAUCCUGAGAUAGAGAGCAGCAUAUUGAUCAGCUCAGAUGAAGGGGCAACCUAUCAGAAAUACCGGCUCACCUUCUAUAUCCAGAGUCUGCUCUUUCACCCCAAGCAAGAGGACUGGGUGCUGGCCUAUAGUCUGGAUCAAAAGCUCUACAGCUCCAUGGACUUUGGGAGACGGUGGCAACUCAUGCAUGAACGCAUCACACCCAACAGGUUUUACUGGUCGGUGGCCGGAUUGGAUAAGGAGGCGGACCUGGUGCACAUGGAAGUGCGGACAGCUGAUGGAUAUGCUCACUACCUCACCUGCAGGAUCCAGGAAUGUGCUGAGACCACUCGGAGUGGGCCUUUCACCCGCUCCAUUGACAUCAGUUCCCUGGUCGUCCAGGAUGAAUAUAUCUUCAUUCAGGUAACAACUGGUGGAAGAGCCAGCUACUACGUGUCUUACCGAAGAGAAGCCUUCACUCAGAUAAAGCUGCCCAAGUACUCGCUGCCCAAGGACAUGCACAUCAUUAGUACCAAUGAGAACCAAGUGUUCGCAGCUGUCCAGGAAUGGAACCAGAAUGACACAUACAACCUCUACAUCUCAGACACACGUGGGAUCUACUUCACCCUGGCCAUGGAGAACAUCAAGAGCAGCAGAGGUCUGAUGGGAAACAUCAUUAUUGAAUUGUAUGAGGUAGCAGGUAUCAAAGGGAUAUUCCUGGCAAACAAGAAGGUGGAUGAUCAAGUGAAGACAUACAUCACUUACAACAAGGGCAGGGAUUGGCGCCUCCUGCAAGCUCCAGACGUGGACCUGAGAGGAAGCCCAAUACACUGCCUGCUGCCCUUCUGCUCCGUACAUCUCCACUUGCAGAUCUCUGAAAAUCCGUAUUCCUCAGGGAGAAUCUCCAGCAAGGAGACGGCUCCAGGGCUCGUGGUGGCCACAGGCAACAUUGGUACAGAGCUCUCAUAUACUGAUAUCAGCGUGUUCAUCUCUUCCGAUGGGGGCAACACAUGGAGACAGAUCUUUGACGAAGAGUACAAUGUCUGGUUCCUAGACUGGGGUGGCGCCCUCGUGGCCAUGAAACACACACCUCUGCCAGUCAGGCAUUUGUGGGUGAGUUUUGACGAGGGCCACUCCUGGAACAAGUACGGUUUCACUUCAGUUCCUCUUUUUGUGGACGGAGCUCUGGUGGAGGCAGGCGUGGAGACCCAAAUUAUGACAGUUUUUGGCCACUUCAGCCUCCACUCGGAAUGGCAGUUGGUGAAGGUGGACUACAAAUCUAUCUUCAGCCGGCGCUGCAGCAAAGAGGAUUAUCAGACCUGGCACCUGCUCAAUCAGGGGGAGCCUUGCGUCAUGGGAGAAAGGAAAAUAUUCAAGAAACGCAAGCCAGGAGCUCAGUGUGCCCUGGGCCAAGACUCCUCAGGGACGGUGGUCUCCGAACCCUGUGUCUGUGCCGACUGGGACUUUGAAUGUGACUAUGGCUAUGAGAGACAUGGAGAAAGCCAGUGUGUCCCAGCUUUCUGGUACAAUCCAGCAUCCCUGUCAAAGGACUGCAGCCUUGGUCAAAGCUACCUUAACAGCACUGGGUACCGGCGGAUCGUGUCCAACAACUGCACAGACGGACUGAGGGAGAAGUACACCGCCAAGGCCCAGAUAUGCCCCGGAAAAGCCCCUCACGGCCUCCACGUGGUGACGACCGAUGGGCGCCUGGUGGCAGAGCAGGGGCGCAAUGCGACCUUCAUCAUCCUCAUGGAGGAGGGUGAUCUUCAAAGGACAAACAUCCAGCUUGACUUUGGGGAUGGGAUUGCAGUGUCCUAUGCUAACUUCAGUCCCAUCGAGGACGGCAUCAAGCACGUGUACAAGAGUGCGGGGAUUUUCCAGGUGACGGCCUAUGCAGAGAACAACCUGGGCUCAGACACAGCUGUCCUCUUCCUGCACGUGGUUUGUCCCGUGGAGCAUGUUCAUCUCCGAGUUCCAUUUGUUGCCAUAAGAAAUAAGGAGGUCAACAUCAGUGCAGUUGUGUGGCCCAGCCAACUGGGGACCCUUACCUAUUUCUGGUGGUUCGGCAAUAGUACAAAGCCUCUCAUCACCUUGGACAGCAGCAUUUCCUUCACAUUCCUAGCAGAGGGAACCAAUACCAUCACUGUCCAGGUGGCUGCUGGGAAUGCCCUCAUCCAGGACACAAAAGAUAUCGCAGUUCACGAAUACUUUCAGUCCCAACUCUUAUCAUUCUCUCCUAAUCUGGAUUACCACAAUCCUGACAUUCCGGAGUGGAGGCAAGAUAUUGCCAAUGUGAUCAAGCGGGCUCUGGUGAAAGUAACCAGCAUCCCAGAAGAGCAGAUCCUAGUUGCCGUGUUCCCUGGCCUCCCCACUUCCGCAGAGCUCUUCAUCCUUCCCCCCAAGAACUUGACAGAGAGGAGGAAAGGCAAUGAAGGGGACCUGGAACAAAUUGUAGAGACGCUGUUUAAUGCUCUAAACCAAAAUUUGGUCCAGUUUGAGCUGAAGCCAGGGAUUCAAGUCAUUGUGUAUGUCACACAGCUGACUUUAGCUCCACUGGUGGACUCCAGUGCUGGGCACAGCAGCUCGGCCAUGCUUAUGCUCUUGUCAGUGGUGUUUGUCGGCCUGGCUGUGUUUUUGAUCUACAAAUUUAAAAGGAAAAUCCCCUGGAUUAACAUCUAUGCUCAAGUCCAACACGACAAGGAACAGGAGAUGAUUGGGUCAGUGAGCCAAAGUGAAAACGCCCCCAAAAUCACACUCAGUGACUUCACCGAGCCCGAGGAACUGCUGGACAAAGAGCUGGACACCCGGGUCAUAGGAGGCAUUGCCACCAUUGCAAACAGCGAAAGCACAAAGGAGAUCCCCAACUGCACUAGUGUUUAA